GAUGGAUUCAACAUUUCAAUAUCCAGUGGAAGCAGAAGGCGGGAAGAGCUUCUGCCUUCCAAUAAAAGGGAAUUCACAUUUAAUAACCUUUCUCCGGGAACUGACUUUUUAAUUAGCAUUAUGGCAACCAAAGGAAUAAAGAGAAGCCGUCCUACUGUCCUCUUGGUUAGCACUUUUCCAGACCCACCUUCAGACUUGCUGAUUUUGGGGCAGGAAGAGAACAGCAUAUACCUGUCUUGGAAAUCACCACAAGGAGGCUUUGAAAAGUUCCAGAUGUCCUAUCACAUGACAUAUAGAAAGGAAAAGCUGUCUACAGUAAUUGUUUAUGGCAACAAAGCCAAAGUAAAGGAUCUGACGCCUGGAGCGGACUACAUGUUUCAUAUAAAGACUGUUAGAGGCAACGAUUACAGUGCUGCCUCAGUAAUGACAAAAGGAACGACAAAACCCUCCAGGAUAUGUGGCUUAACUCUAAAGGCUGUGACUACGACUUCUGCAAAUUUAACCUGGAGCCCAACAGAGACCAACUUCACUCACUACAAGAUGGGUCUAUCAAACGGAACGUUUACAAGAGAGUAUCUUAUCUGGGGAACUAAGACGGAGCACACAGUUACAGAUCUAACUCCUGGGGGGAUGUAUAACAUCACCGUGCAUAGAGUAAGAGGCAAUGUUGAAAGUUCUGGCACAGUUAUCAGGGUUGUUACAGCACCAGAACAACCCGAGAAGCUCACAGCCUUCAAUAUUUCUGCACAUUCCUUUUCUCUGCGCUGGAGCCUGCCCUCCGGCCAUGUGGACAGGUAUCAUGUGGAUCUUGUUCCUGACGGUGGCUUUGUUACUAUCAGAGAUCUUGGAGGUGGAGAGUAUCAGGUUGAUGUUUCCAAUGCUAUUCCUGGUACUAGGUACGAUGUGACCAUCUCUUCAAUUUCUGCUACAACGUACAGUGCACCUGUCAGUAGAACAGUGACAACAAAUGUUACCAAACCAGGGCCUCCAGUCUUCCUAGCAGGGGAACGGGUUGGAUCUGCUGGGAUUCUUCUUUCAUGGAAUACACCACCUAACCCAAACGGAAAGAUUAUAUCUUACAUUGUGAAAUAUAAGGAAGUCUGUCCAUGGAUGCAGACUGUGUAUACACAAGUUAGAGCAAAGCCAGAUAGUCUGGAAGUUCUUCUUACCAAUCUCAAUCCUGGAACAACAUAUGAAAUCAAGGUUGCCGCUGAAAAUAGUGCUGGCAUCGGAGUAUUUAGUGACCCCUUUCUCUUUCAAACUGCAGAAAGUGUGCCUGAAGGACCGCCACAAAACUGUAUAACAGGCAAUAUCACAGGAAAAUCUUUUUCCAUUUCGUGUGACCCACCAGCGGUAGUAACAGGAAAAUUUAGCUAUAAAGUUGAAUUAUAUGGACCACCAGGUCGCAUUGUGGAUAACAGCACAAAAGAUCUGAAGUUUGCAUUCACAGACCUAACGCCAUUUACAACAUAUGCCGUGUAUGUCGCGGCUGAAACCAGCGCGGGGAUUGGACCAAGGUCAAAUCUUUCAAUAUUCACUCCUCCAGAUGUUCCAGGUGCAAUAUUUGAUUUACAACUGGCAGAAGUGGAAGCCACACAAAUAAGAAUUACUUGGAAGAAGCCUCGACAACCAAAUGGAAUCAUUAACCAGUACCGAGUGAAGGUGCUGGCUUUGGAGACAGGAGUUGUUUUGGAAAAUACUUUGCUCACAGGAAUAGACGAGUAUAUUAAUGAACCCAUGGCUUCAGAGACUAUGAACAUAGUAGAGCCAAUGACAGAAUUACUGGAGGGUUCAGCAGAGAUGUCUUCCGACCUGCACUCAUUUGCUUCACUUGUGUAUCACAACCUUCCAUAUAACUUUCCUGCAAGGAAUAGAGCCGAACACCAGUAUUCAACAACUAUUACGAUGAAGAAUCAGUACAUUACGGACAUUGCUGCUGAACAGCUGUCUUACGUUGUCAGGAGACUGGCCCCUUUCACUGAGCACAUGAUUAGUGUAUCUGCUUUCACCAUCGUGGGAGAAGGCCCACCAACGGUUCUCAACGUUAGGACACGUGAGCAAGUGCCAAGCUCCAUCCAAAUAAUAAACUAUAGAAAUAUUAGUUCUUCAUCUAUUUUAUUAUAUUGGGAUCCUCCAGAAUAUCCCAAUGGAAAAAUCACUCAUUAUACAAUUUAUGCAAUGGAACUGGAUACAAGCAGAGCCUUCCAGAUGACUACUGUAGAUAACAGCUUUCUCAUAACAGGGUUAAAGAAAUAUACAAGAUACAAAAUGAGAGUGGCUGCUUCAACCCAUGUUGGAGAAAGUUCUUUGUCUGAAGAAAACGACAUCUUUAUCACAACUCCAGAAGAUGAACCAGAAUCAUCACCUCAAGAGGUUCAAAUAAUUGGUGUUACUGCAAAUGAAAUUCGGUUGAAGUGGUCACCACCCGAGAAACCCAAUGGGAUUAUUGUUGGUUAUGAAGUACUCUAUAAAAAUACAGAUGCUUUAUUUACAAAGAAUUCCUCAACGUCAAGCAUCGUUUUAAUGGACUUGAAACCCUACACCCUCUACAACAUUUCUAUAAGGUCCUAUACUAGGGUCGGUCAUGGCAAUCAGCUGUCUUCUUUGCUCUCUGUAAGGACAUCUGAGACUGUGCCUUAUAGUGCACCAGAAAAUAUUACCUACAAAAAUAUUUCUUCUGGAGAGAUUGAGCUAUCAUUUAUUCCUCCAAGUAGUCCUAAUGGGAUCAUACAAAAAUAUACAAUUUAUCUCAGGCAAAAUAAUGAAAAUGAAGAAAGAACUAUAAAUACAACCUCUUUGACCCAGAGAAUUAGAGGACUGAGGAAAUAUACCCAAUAUGUUAUUGAGGUAUCAGCUAGUACUCUCAAAGGUGAAGGAGUUCGGAGUGCACCGAUAAGUAUACUGACAGAAGAAGAUGCUCCUGAUUCUCCCCCACAAGACUUCUCUGUGAAACAGUUGUCUGGUGUCAUGGUGAAGUUGUCAUGGCAACCACCCCUGGAGCCAAAUGGAAUUAUCCUCUAUUACACAGUUUAUGUCUGGGACAGAUCAACACUAAAAACUAUUAAUAUAACUGAAACAUCAUUAGAGUUUUCAGACUUGGAUUAUAAUACUGUAUAUGAUACCUAUGUAACUACCAGCACCAGAUUUGGUGAUGGGAAAAUAAGAAGCAAUAUUAUUAACUUUCGAACACCAGAAGGAGCACCAAGUGAUCCUCCCAACGAUGUCUACUAUGCAAAUCUCAGCUCUUCAUCAGUAAUUCUUUUUUGGACACCUCCUUCAAAGCCUAAUGGGAUCAUACAAUAUUAUUCUGUUUAUUACAGAAAUUCUUCAGGUACUUUCAUGCAGAAUUUCACACUCCAUGAAGUAACCAAUGACUCUGACAAUCGGACCGUAUCUGCAAUAAUAGAUAAACUGGCGACAUUCAGCUACUAUGCAUUUUGGGUAACCGCAAGUACUUCAGUUGGAAAUGGGAAUAAAAGCAGUGACAUAGUUCAAGUGUACACAGAUCAAGACAUACCUGAAGGGUUGGUUGGAAACCUGACCUAUGAGUCCAUUUCGUCAACUGCAAUAAAUGUAAGCUGGGUCCCACCAUCUCGACCAAAUGGUCUAGUCUUCUAUGUUUCCCUGAGCUUACAGCAGCAGACUCCUCGCCACGUGAAAUCACCUCUAGUUACGUAUGAGAGAAGCAUAUAUUUUGAUAAUCUGGAAAAAUACACUGAUUACAUAUUAGAAAUCACUCCAUCAACAGAAAAGUGAUUCUCUGAUUCCUAUACUGCCCAGCUCUACGUCAAAACUGAAGAAGAUGUCCCAGAAACUUCACCAAUAAUCAACACUUUUAAAAACCUUUCCUCUACCUCAGUUCUCUUAUCCUGGGAUCCCCCAGUAAAGCCAAACGGUGCAAUAAUAAGCUAUGAUUUAAAUUUACAAGGACCAAAUGAGAAUUAUUCUGUUAUUACCUCCGAUAACUAUGUCAUUUUGGAAGAGCUUUCACCAUUUACAUUAUAUAGUUUUUCUGCUGCUGCAAGAACUGUGAAGGGACUCGGCCCUCCCAGUCUUCUUUUCUUUUACACAGAUGAGUCAGUGCCUUUAGCACCUCCUCAAAAUCUGACGCUUGUCAACUGCACUUCAGACUCGGUCAGGCUGAAAUGGAGCCCCAGUCCUCUCCCAGGCGGUAUUGUUAAAGUGUAUAGUUUUAAAAUUCAUCAGAAUGGAACUGAUGCGAUAUUUUAUAAGAAUGUCUCAGGUACUGAGACUGAAGCCACACUUGCUGGUUUGGAACCAGUGAGUACAUAUUCUGUCAGCAUGUCUGCCUUUACCAAAGUUGGAAACGGCAAUCAAUUUAGUAAUAUAGUAAAGUUCACAACUCAAGAAUCAGUUCCAGGUAUUGUGCAGAAUGUCCACUGUAUGGCAACUAGCUGGCAAUCAGUUUUACUUCAGUGGAAUCCUCCCCAAAAGACCAAUGGAAUCAUUACACAUUAUAUCCUAACAUUGGAAAGGAACUCUACAGAAGUGUCUCCCCAGGAUCACAUGUAUACUUUCAUGAAACUGCGGGCCAAUACUUCCUAUGUCUUUAAAGUAAGAGCUUCAACCGCAGUAGGUGAAGGAGAUGAAAGCACGUGUGAUGUCAGAACACUACAUGAAACAGUUCCCAGUAUUCCCACAAAUAUUGCUUUUUCUAAUGUUCAGUCAACUAGUGCAACACUGACCUGGAUGAAACCUGAGACUAUCCUUGGCUACUUCCAGAAUUACAAGAUUACCACUCAGCUUCGUGCUCAGAAGUGCAGAGAAUGGGAAUCUGAAGAGUGUAUUGAAUAUCAAAAUAUCCAAUACCUUUAUGAAGCUGACCUAACAGAAGACACAGUAUAUGGAUUAAAGAAAUUUAGAUGGUAUAGAUUCCAAGUGGCUGCCAGCACCAAUGCUGGCUAUGGGAAUGCUUCAAACUGGAUUUCUACACAAACACUACCUGGCCCCCCAGAUGGUCCUCCUGAAAAUGUGCAUGUAGUAGCAACAUCAUCUUUUGGCAUCAGCAUCAGUUGGAGUGAACCUGCUGUCAUUACUGGACCAACUUUCUAUCUGAUAGAUGUGAAAUCGGUAGAUAGUGAUGAAUUUAAUAUUUCCUUUCUCAAAUCCAAUGAAGAAAAUAAAACCAUAGAAAUUAAAGAUUUAAAAGUAUUCACAAGGUAUUCCGUGGUGGUCACGGCAUUUACUGGAAACCUUAGUGCUGCGUACGUGGAAGGGAAGUCGAGUGACGGAGUGUUGGUCACCACUUUAGAAUCAGCUCCCAAGGACCCACCAAAUAACAUGACAUUUCAGAAGAUACCAGAUGAAGUUACAAAAUUUCAGCUAACAUUCCUUCCUCCAUCUCAACCUAAUGGAAAUAUCCAAGUGUACCAGGCACUGGUCUACCGGGAAGGUGACCCUACUGCUGUCCAUGUUCACAAUCUGAGUAUUAUUCAGAAAACCGACACAUCCAUCAUUGCAAUGCUAGAAGGACUAAAAGGUGGACAUACUUACAAUAUCAGUGUUUAUGCUAUCAAUAGUGCUGGAGCUGGGCCAAAGGUUCAGAUGAGAAUAACCAUGGAUAUUAAAGCUCCAGCGCGACCCAAAACUAAACCAAUUCCAAUAUAUGAUGCCACUGGAAAACUGCUUGUCACUUCGACAACAAUUACCAUCAGAAUGCCAAUAUGUUACUAUACUGAUGAUCAUGGACCAAUAAAAACCAUACAAGUGCUAGUGACCGAAACAGGAGCUCAACAUGAUGGAAAUGUAACAAAGUGGUAUGAUGCCUAUUUUAAUAAACCAAGGCCAUAUUUCACAAAUGAAGGCUUUCCUAACCCUCCAUGCAUGGAAGGAAAGACAACGUUUAGUCGCAAUGAAGAAAUCUAUGUCAUUGGUGCAGAUCAUGCAUGCAUGAUCCCCGGCAAUGAAGCUAAAACUUGCAACGGCCCUCUGAAGCCAAGAAAGCAAUACUUAUUUAAGUUUCGAGCCACAAAUGUAAUGGGACAAUUUACUGACUCUGAUUACUCUGAUCCUAUUAAAACUUUAGGUGAAGGACUUUCAGAGAGAACUGUCGAAAUCAUUCUUUCAGUCACGUUGUGUAUCCUUUCAAUAAUUCUUCUUGGAACAGCAAUUUUUGCAUUUGCCAGAUACGCCUCGUUUUUCUUUAGACGCAAGGAGAUCUUUGUCAUUCAUACCGAAGCAGAUGCCACCCUUGCCCCCGCACAAUGGCGGGUAACUUCCAUCAGACCCAGGGCUUCAGCCACUGUCACACCCAGGGUCCCCUGUGUCCUUCACACAUGUACCCAUAAAACAAGGCCAAUAAGCAAAAAGUCCUUCCUGCAACAUGUUGAAGAGCUUUGCACAAACAACAACCUAAAGUUUCAAGAAGAAUUUUCGGAAUUACCAAAAUUCCUUCAGGAUCUCUCUUCAACGGAUGCUGACCUCCCCUGGAACAGAGCGAAAAACCGCUUUCCAAACAUAAAACCAUAUAAUAAUAACAGAGUGAAACUGGUAGCUGAUGCAAGCAUCCCAGGAUCAGACUAUAUCAAUGCCAGCUAUGUUUCUGGCUAUUUAUGUCCAAAUGAAUUCAUUGCUACUCAAGGUCCACUACCAGGAACGGUUGGAGAUUUUUGGAGAAUGGUGUGGGAAACAAGAGCAAAAACAUUAGUCAUGUUAACACAGUGUUUUGAAAAAGGGCGGAUCAGAUGCCACCAGUACUGGCCGGAGGACAACAAACCGGUUACAGUCUUUGGAGACAUAGUGAUAACGAAGCUAAUGGAGGAUGUCCAAAUAGAUUGGACCAUCAGGGAUCUGAAAAUUGAAAAGCAUGGGGAUUGUAUGACUGUUCGACAGUGUAAUUUUACUGCUUGGCCUGAGCAUGGGGUUCCUGAAAACAGCACCCCACUAAUUCACUUUGUGAAAUUGAUUCGAGCAAGUCGAGCACACGACACCACGCCUAUGGUCGUUCAUUGCAGUGCUGGAGUUGGAAGAACUGGUGUUUUUAUCGCUCUGGACCAUUUAACGCAACACAUAAAUGACCAUGACUUUGUGGACAUAUAUGGACUAGUAGCUGAGCUAAGAAGUGAAAGAAUGUGCAUGGUACAGAACCUGGCACAGUAUAUCUUUUUACACCAGUGCAUUCUGGACCUUUUAUCAAGUAAAGGAAGCAAUCAGCCCAUCUGUUUCGUGAACUACUCAGCUCUUCAAAAGAUGGACUCCUUGGAUGCCAUGGAAGGUGAUGUUGAACUUGAAUGGGAAGAAACUACCAUGUAACCACUCAGACCAAAGAUUAUAACUGAAAAGAUUGUUUCAAAUCCCAGGAGCCAACAUUAUCUCCCCUCACUUCUCUGAAUAGAAAUUGGUAAAAUGAAGGCAUCAUUCUGCUUCCCUUACUGUGCCUUACCAAAUACACCAACUAUUUUAUGCAUAGUUUAGAUCAAAAUUAAUUCAGGAUAAAUAUGUUUCUUGGAGAAUAAAUGUUACAGAUUUGAAAUGUUUAUGAAAAGGCCCCUAAGAGGAUUGGGGGACAACCCAUAUAUUUGAAAUGAGCUAAAGCAAAAAUUAUUAUUGCAUUAGCAGUAAUGUUUAAUGUGAAUUUUCCCUACCUAUUUGAUUUAACUUUGGACAAAAGUUGUAAAUGUUUAUUCGGUAGUGUUAUUUUGGCCUCCGGAGUGUUGCUGUUUCUUGUGGAUAACUUCCAAGACUGUCAUCCUGAUCUGUACUUCCAUGUCCACCCCUGUGUUUUGAAUCUUCUGUUUUAUGAGUGCUGAGAUAUCAUCUCAUGAUCCCAAACAGCUGAGGAGUAACCCUCUGGCACAGCAGGGAUUAUUCAGCCUUUAUGCAGCACACAGUAGCUCUUCAGGGACACUCAGUGCUAUUUAAAUUGCAUUGUGAGGUUCAGUUUAAAGAAUGGAAGAAAAUUAAACCAUGCAUUGCACAUAUCAAAUUCUAGAAUAUCUUUUCAACCUGCCUACCUGCGUAAAUUUCAGGCACAAACUGUUCCGCUGUGUUGUAUAUUCAGACUAAAUGUACCAAAGUAUUUGUAUAAUAAAUAUGUACUGAAACUCACACUAAUGAUUUUGAAGGGUUUCUUCAGCGGAAAUGUCUAAAAACAAUCAUAGAAAUGUGAGGUGUGUCACAAGCUUAUAAGCUAACGACACGAUGCUGUGGUGCCAACAGAGACUUCUGAAUCGGUGAUCUUAAAUGGUCUUUAUUUCAUUUCCUGAGAUUGAGUAUUGGGAACCCUAUUUGGUGGAAAUGAAAAUAAAGAAAUUAAUGAGGUUGUAGCAAAUCAAAGAAAAAUUUUCUGCUUCCAUUUUAUUAUAUAAUAGUAGAUAUUGAAUUUCAAAUUAUAUGAAGUUAUUUUGUCAUAGAUUUUGAUUGAGGUUCAUUAAACUAAAUAGCAUUAAAUAUUCCGUGGCCUUUAAGAUGAGAGUUAUAUGUGUAUUUCUGUUGUGAUAUGCAUAUAGGAAAAUUUGAUGGCCAACAAAUGGAAUUUUAAUGAAGUGGGCUAUUUUUCAGCAGGAUUUCUGAGUGUCCUAUAUAAAUAAAUUUUGACUUUGGAUCACA